CGCGAAGACACGUCCACUCUGGGGCUCCGCCCACACGUCUUUGGCACAAGGCUCAAUCAGAGACGAGCGUUUACUUGAGUGACAGCGUAGAGCAGCUAAUCCGCGAGAGCCUGGCGCUGAGCUCGGGCCAAUGAUCGGACAGGGGCGGGCGGAGUAAAGGAAGCGAGUAAAGAUACCGCCAUGAUGAAUGGUUCAAAUAUUGGGAACAACACAUCUAAUGCCAAAUCAAACAGCGACCACGUUGUAAAUGGGCAUGGUGAAAAUGAAAACAACCCCUUUGCUGAAUAUAUGUGGAUGGAGAAUGAAGAAGACUUCAACAGACAGGUGGAGGAGGAGCUGCAGGAACAGGAUUUUCUAGAUCGCUGCUUCCAGGAGAUGUUGGACGAAGAGGACAAGGAUUGGUUCAUUCCAUCCCGUGACUUGCCGCAGGGUGUGGGCCAAUUGCAGCAGCAGUUAAAUGGGCUCACAGUCAAUGAAAAUCACAGUACAGAGGAAAUAGUGAGCAAAAGCAACCUGAACCCCGAUGCCAAGGAAUUUGUUCCGGGAGUGAAGUACUGAACAUUAUGGGCGACUUUUAAAACAAUAAAAAAAAAAUAAAAAAUAAAAAAAAGACUUUCCUUAAAUCUUCAGGACAAAAAGCUGCACAGAGAAAGUGGGAGGGGCUUGGGAAGGUGGUAAAUAGUGAUGCUUUAGCUCAACACUGACUUAACUUCAAUGUGGAACCAUCCUUUUUUUUUUUUUUUUUUUUUUUUUUUUAAAUUAAUCUCCCCUUUUCCUUCUACCAUCCAUUUUGGGGACAUACUUUUUUUUUUUUUUCCCACCCUCAAUUAAAGGGGGGAAACCCUUUAUCAAUAGACCGAAUGUGGUUUUAUCUUCAACUGGAAGAUUCCUAAAUCUUGUCGUGGAUCGUUCUUCCUCCAUCCCAACCGUUGUUCAUCUGACCAAUAACAUCUGAAUCAUAAGCAAUGGGAUAUGAGGAAGGGGGGAGGAAGGAUUCCAAAUUCCGACCUACAAUUGAAAAUCUGUAUUAUUCCCUGUUAGUGCCAUGAAGUUACCAGGUAUUCACGCCACAGUGUUUUAUCUCGAAAGAAAAAAAAAGUUCCUGCCGCUCUCUCCAAGCAGAGCAUGUUCUCUAUCAUUGCCAUUUAUUUUAAAGAAAGAAAUCAAGACCCAUCAGCUGUUUCUAGGAUACAGAAAAAGGAGCCUUCGUGUUAUAAAAAGCAGAUUCCAUUAUCCACAACCAGAAAGAGAAGAAUCCGCAAAUCUUGUCUGCCCAUUGUAACUAUGCUGCAACUUGUAAGCCUUUUUUUGUUUUGCUUUCGAAUAGUGUGAUUAGUCAGAAUUCGACACUACAAAAAGAAAAAAAAAAAAAAAUGUUCACGGCUAAAAGAGCAGAAAAUCCGGGGCUGUUAUAUGACGCUUUAUUGUGGGUAAGUUUAAUGACGUCACCAAGAAGCCACCUUGAAAGCCGGCAGUGUUUAGGUAAAAUUUCUUUUUGCUUUGAAACCAUUACAGUGUUGACUUGGUAGCCAUGGAUUUUUUUUUUUUUUUUUAAAUUAAUGAAACCUCUUUCUCUGGAAGUAACGUGCGUUAUUAGCACCGGUUCCUUUCCAGACAUCCCAUGCCUUUCCACCAGGGGGCAGUACAUCGGUAAUUGUAAUCGGUCCAUACAGUAUGCGAGUUGGCUCCAUUCUAAAACCUUCAAAACAAGUCUGUCACAUAAGCUAUCUUUUAAAACUGCCUCAAGAAACCUAUUGUUUUUAUGGAAUGACGUGGAAUAAGUCACAGUGAAAUAAAGCAGCCUGAUCAUUGUAAAUGUC